AUGGCCUCCUCAAACGAAAUCCCCAACCUACGAACUCUUCUCGGAACAGGCCGCGGCGGAGCAUCAAGGGGUAGAGGACGUGGAAGAGGUGGUCUUGGGGGCUCAAGUGAAACAAGGGCCCAAGUUCUCGACGAUGCCGUCAAGGGGACUGAUCAAGAUGCGGCGGGGAGCAGGGUGAGCUGUGUAGAGCUUGGUUAUCUCCACGACCCAUAUGCGAAGUUGUUCGCGACGCAACAGACAACGAGGAAGCUGCCGUUGCUCAACAGAGGCACUUAUGUCCGCACCUCGGCCAUCGACCUUCUCGUCGCCAAGUUCCUCGUCACCUACCCGUCGUCGGCGAAGCAGAUCAUCUCUCUAGGUGCUGGCACCGACACGCGAUUCUUCCGCCUCCUCGACCUAUACCCUCAAACGCGCCUCGUAUAUCACGAAAUUGACUUCCCUUCGAAUACGCUCGCCAAGAUAGCCACCAUACAGAGACAACCGCUGCUUUACCGAAAGCUGCUGCACAUACCGUCAACUUCAGCCUCCUACCACUCAGACACGUACAACAUCCAUGCGCUCGACCUACGUACUCUGGCCGACCCGUCGGACGAGAAGCCCCUACCUCAGAUUCCGAACCUGGAUCCGAGCAUACCUACGUUGAUCCUGUCAGAGAUGUGUCUGGUCUACCUGCAGCCCUCGAUAGUGAAAUCAAUAGUGUCAUCACUGCUCACACACUACCUACAACCUGCGACGCCUGCGUCUCUCAUUCUCUACGAGCCCAUCCUACCCCAAGAUGCUUUCGGUCGCACGAUGAUCUCGAACCUCCAGUCCCGCAACAUUCACCUUCAUACAUUGAUAGCGUAUCCUGAGUUGGGCGACCAACGUGCACGCCUUCAGGGCUAUGGCUUGACAAACGGGGCAAAGGUCGCGGACACAAGUACUAUUUGGCGAAAGUGGAUCGACGACGAGGAGAAGGAGCGCAUCGCUGGCUUGGAAUUUCUAGAUGAACUGGAGGAGCUGGAAAUGCUGCUCCGGCAUUACUGUGUCGCGUGGGGCUGGAGAGAUGGCGAAAGCGAUGUCUUUUCGAAAGCGUGGGCGGGUGUACGGGAGUAG